AUGCGCAAAAGUUCUCCUUACCAACAUAUUAUACUUGGUCACAACUUGACGAAUUGGAUUGCAAAGACUACGUUUAUUGAUGGCUUAACGUUUUUGUUGGGUGAAACAUGGACUGGAGGAUUGGAAAGGUAAGUAUUUUACUUUAUAUUGUUUUAAAUUUUAGGUAAGGGUUUAAAAAAGUUAAAUUUAGUUCAAUGAAUAAAUAAAUCAAGGGUUUACUAUGUAAAUAGAUGUUUCUUUUGAGGUUUAAAUACUUAUUCAAAUUUUUUUUUGAAAGUUCACUUUUAGGUAUAUUCAAAUUGACAUAGACGACAUUUUUGUUGGUCAAAUUGGAACAAGAUUGGUAAAAGAUGACAUUUCUGAGCUAAUAGAAGUGCAAAAACGAUGGAGAAGUUAUUUUGUUGAUCAAUUUUCUUUUACUCUUGGGUUUUCCGGAGCUUUUUUUGGUCGAGGGACAGAAGAGGAGGUAAAGGGAGACGAGGAGUUACUACGUAAGUUAUAGUUAUUCGUUGUUACUAUAUAUAUUUAGGUGCUUAGGAGUAUAUUUUACUAUUGUUUUUGUAGAAUGUGAUUUUUGGCUUUCUAGUUUUUAAAAUUUAUUUUUUUGGGAAUGUUCGCAUUUUACAGUAUUAUCCUCUGUUUCAGGUCAAUCCCAUCAUUUCUUAUGGUUUCCCCACAUGUGGAAGCACAAUCAUGCUCAUGAAUACUCAUACGACAACUUAACUUUACUUAUGGAUCUCAACAAACAGUUUGCACACUCUAACAACCUUAAUGUUACUCUGAACUACGCAGUUUCUCCUCAACAUCAUGGUGUAUAUCCAAUACAUGAGCCAUUAUAUAAGGCAUGGACAAAGGUUUGGGAGGUGAAAGUGACAUCAACAGAAGAAUAUCCACACUUUCAGCCGGCUUCACGCAGAAGAGGCUUUACAUAUAAUGGUAUUAGUGUGUUACCUAGACAAACUUGUGGUUUAUAUACUCAUACGAUGUAUUUUCAUGCUUUGCCUAAUGGUUUUAGGAAGUUUAAAGAGAAUAUUGAAGGUGGAACUGUGUUUGAUGAUAUUUUGUUUAAUAAGGUGGGUUAUUACGCGGUUAUUGGGGCUGGUUUGAUAGUAAAGUAGUUUUUUAAAGGAUUUUUAAUGUUUUAUGCCUUUAGGAAGCUUUUUGUUAAUUUAUCUUGUUUUAGUUCAACAUCUUCAUGACUCACCAACAAAACUGGGGCAAUGAUCGUCUAGCUGUAUACCUAUUUGAAAAUACCUUCAAAUUUUUAAAUUGUUACACUAAUAUUAAGAUAAAAUGGAUAAAACCAACAGAAAUGGUGGACAAGUAUAUGAAGGCUCAAAAAAAUUUUGAUUUAUAUUAUACAGACGAAUGCGGUGACAAAAGGCAUCUUCAAGGUCUGUCAUAUUUGAAGAAGUGUGACAAUUCAACAAAUCUACCUAAUUUGAUCAUAUUGGGGCCUCAGAAGACAGGUAAGACUUUUUUUACAUUUUUUUGGUUUAGUUAACACUAUAAUGUCAUUUUGAAAUGAAAGUUUUUGGAUUGAAGAUAGAAUAUAGGUUUAUCUUAUUUAUUGGAAAUUGUAACUAGCGUAUUUUACAUUAAAAAACGAUUUUUUUUGCAUUUUUAGGUACGACCGCAUUGGCAGAAUUUCUGAAAGUUCAUCCAGACGUAGCGACAAACCUUAAUGUUGCCGGAUCUUUUGAAGAACCUCAAUUCUUUGGUCAAAAAAACUAUGACAACGGCCUUGAUUGGUAUAGGGCGUUGUACAACGAAAGUGCAAAGAUUAUAUUUGAAAAGUCAGCUAAUUACUUUGACAAUUCGAAAGUUGCGCUUCAAAUGAGCUACUUGUUGCCAAAGGCUAAAUUUCUGGUGAUUUUGAAGGAUCCAGUUGAUCGGGCUUAUUCUUGGUACCAGGUAGGGCUUUUUUGAUUUUUUUAGGUAACAAAUAUUUCUUGGUUUAGGUAUAAGUGCUGAUUUUUUGUUACCUAAAAUUUAGUUUUAGGCGAGCGCGGUUAAAAUCAGAUUUUUAUGAGUUUUUUCAAAGCAUACUAUAAUUAUUUUCAGCACAUGCUUGCUCAUAACGACUCAAUAGCAUCAAAAUACUCUCUAGAACACAUCUUAAAGAACAAGAAUAAACCAGAAAUGAAACGUCUAGUCGCAAGAAUGAUAAAUCCAGGAAAAUACGCACAACACUUUCAUAGAUGGCUGGAACACUUCAACAUGGAUCAGUUCAUAAUCGUCGAUGGCAACGAACUAAAACAAAUUCCGUCUGCAGUCAUGAAUCAGUUGAUCAAAGACCUACGACUUCGUUUCAUGGACUACAGAAGGAUUCUAAAGUUUAACGUGAAAAAGGGAUAUUACUGUGUUGAGUAUCAGAGCAAAAAGAAAUGUUUAGGAGCGUCGAAGGGCAGAAAGUAUGAUAAGAUGAGUGAAGAGGCUAGAAAGAUGUUGCAGGAGGAGUUCAGGGAGAGUAAUCAGGAUUUGAAACGAUUGUUGAGACAUUUUAGAUUGAAAUUGCCAUAUUUUUUACUAUAG